AAUGAUUUUCUCAACGCUAUUAAGUCGAUUAAAAUUACAGAACAAUACGCAUUUCAAUAAAAACAUCUAUCUAUUCAUUUUUACUGCCAAAAACAGGACAGUAUUGUUCAAGCCAUCAUUUUUCAAUGAUGUUAUUAGCAUCAUUAUUUGCAAUACUGCAGAUUUCUUUCUCUAGCACAAUUCAAAGUAUUCAGAAGAAAUAUCCUAACGUUUCAGAACUUGCAGAAACUUCGAAAGAAAACUCAGAAAAAAGUAUAAUAGAUUUACUAAGUGGUGGCUUAGAGGAAUCAUUAUUUCAAGCGGAAAUUGUUGAAAGCUUAGAAUUUCGCACAGCUGUAAGGGAUCCGAGACUUUUGUGGGAAGAUGGUGUCGUACCUUACAAAUUAUCUGAGAAAUUUGGUAUUGAUGAACAACAUCGUUUCCUAGACGUCAUAGCUGAAUUCAGUGAAAAAACUUGUAUUUUUUUUGUUCCUCAUACUGAUGAGAACCGAUAUCUUUUCAUCAAGCCUGGAAAUGGUUGUGACACAAUAAUAGGAAAAGAUCCUGAUGGAAAAAGAACUAUAUCAAAAUUGGCUAGAGAAUGUUUUUUUGUGAAACCAGGAAUUCUUUUACACGAAAUGAUGCAUGUGUUAGGUUUUGUUCAUGAACAUAACCGACCAGACAGAGAUAAGUACAUCAAAGUUCUGGAGAAUAACAUCAUAGAAGAAAAACUAUUACAAUUUGAAAAAUAUUCCUGGAAUGAGGUUAAAGUUUUCAACUUCAGUUACGACUAUGGAUCAGUAAUGCAUUAUGGAGCCUAUGUAUUUUCAAAAAAUGGUAAACCAACAAUAAUACCCUUAAAGGAAGGAGUAAAAAUUGGACAAAGAGAAGGAUUUAGUUCAACUGAUGUAAUAAAAAUAAAUAAAUUAUACUGUUAAUUUAA